UAAAGUUAAUUUGCAUAUUCGCCGGUUGUUAUACGAUCGUUGUUGAUUCAUCGUCGUCGACGGCGACUACUUGUGUUGUUCUUCACGCUCCGAUCGAUCUUCACCAACUGAUAUUUAUCGAUUCGCCGAUUCGGAUCUCAUCGAUCAACUGACAAAUGAAGCAUAUAGUAAAGAUCUUGAGCCUCCUGGUGGCAAUCUCUGCCUUCUGGAUUGGUCUUUUGCAGGCUACGAUUAUUCCUCGAAGCCACACUUGGUUGCUACCGAUCUACUUUGUUGUUUCCUUCGGAUGUUAUGGUCUAUUAAUGGUUGGAGUCGGGCUAAUGCAAUUUCCUACAUGCCCCCAAGAAGCAGUUCUGUUGCAGAAGGAUAUCACAGAGGCCAAAGAAUUCUUCAAGCACAAAGGGGUCGAUGUUGGAUCGGACUGACACAAAAGGCUUAUAACGACCAACAUUCAGAAAUAGUUUUUGUUAUAGACAAAAGACCUUAAAUGUACUGUUUGGAUAUUUGAUGUUAAACAGUGUUUUUGAAGGAUAAGUAAAACGCAAAAGCUUAUGCAUCCAAACUCCUAUCGCAAUAGUAUAACAAUUUUAAUA